CGUAAACCCAACAAAGCGAAGGAGCCACGAAAACGACAGGGAGAUGACGACGAUACUUCCGCUGUGGUUAUGGAUUCUAGGUUUUUACAUGCAUUAAGUACUUACUGAGUUGUACGAAGAUGAAAUGAUAAAACACACUUCUGACUCAGUGGAAGAUUAACAAGAUAGCAAUGACCUCCUCUAAUAAUGCUGACGACGACAUACAAAGCUCGCAGUCUUCUCCCUCUUCUCACCACGGGAAUCGCCAUACAAGCCAUGAUAUUGGCAAAAAGCAAGAACAAUUGGCGAAGCAAGCUCUGACGAAGGUCGCAAUAGAUCAAGCGGCUGAAAGAAUUCUCAAAGAAGUUGAUGUGGUAAAAAAGAGCAAGAAACAACUUCUAAAGGAACAAGAGUUUGCCUAUGCUUCUGCUGCAAAAGCACAACAACAAAAAGAACAAAGAGGUAAAAACAAGCGAGACCAGCUUUUUUGCCAUGGUGCUGAUGAUGAAGACAUCACGUUUGAGGAGGAUGGAAUUUUUUUAGACCUUAUGGACAGCUCCUUUUAUCCAUGCCGUUUUUUUAUCUUUAUUUUUAACAUCUCGGUAGGGGUUGUACAAACGAACCUUUCGGCUCUGUAUGACAUACUCACAAGAAGGGAAGUAUGUAAGGCUAUCGAGAGAGAUUUAUGAUAUGAUUAUAUAGAGCCUUCGGGAUCAUCGCAUGGAAGGAGAUUCCAGAAGGGGGACAAUUAUAUAGAGCCUUCGGGAUCAUCGCAUGGAAGGAGAUUCCAGAAAAGGGGCUUAAGUCCACUCUAAUCAUGGUGACAACGACUUCAGCGAGGGAGACCUUUCACCACCAGGCGAUGAGAUAGCUCUUGAGGAACAGGAUACCAGAAGAGGGAUCUGGCCAGCUAGGAAGCCAGGCAUUAUUGCUCCGCAGGUAUCAGCAGCGCGUUUGCGACAACAGUUUGUCGAAACAAUUACACAUCAAAGAUGAUGAUGAACAUAUUUAUAUUUAAGGAAGAUGAUGAACAUAUUUAUAACUUUAGAAGUUUUUACUGAAGAUCGAAGAUAAGGUUGAAUGGUUCC